GGCAGAGAGGUACAAGGCUGAAGAUGAGGAGGUGAAGAAGAAGGUGGAUGCCAAGAACUCGCUUGAGAACUACGCAUACAACAUGAGGAACACUGUGAAGGAUGAGAAGAUUGCUGGAAAACUGGACCCUGCAGACAAGCAGAAAAUUGAGAAGGCCAUUGAUGAGGCGAUUGAAUGGCUUGACAGGAACCAGUUGGCUGAAGUUGAAGAAUUUGAGGACAAACAAAAGGAACUGGAGGGCUUGUGCAACCCAAUUAUUGCUAAAAUGUAUCAAGGUGCUGGUGGAGAUGUGCCAAUGGGCGGUGCUCAGAUGCCCGGUGGCGGAUUUGGCAACGCUAGCUCUGGUGGAGCAGGAGCUGGGCCUAAGAUUGAAGAGGUUGACUAAGCUAGAAUAGGUUUCUUUUUGGAUGUUCUGCUUUUGAACUCUGCUCUUGUUCUACUGUUUUCUCUUGAGUGAAAUGCUUGAAUAAUAGGUAGACGUAGGAACCAUGUGAGGAUGUGAUGUAUAUUUCAGCUUUUUGCGUAAUUAAAUAAAAAAACUUUAUUCUGUUCUUCA